AUGGCUAUUCCUGGGGAAACACCUGAUGAAGACACGGAGAAUACGAUUGCUGAGUUACCGAUCGAAUCUGUCAGCACUACAGACGCAUCGACUUCGACUAGACAAGAGAAAAGGGUGCCAUUUACAGAUUUAAGUAACAAGCAAAAGAAAAGACGGUCGAGCUCCUUUGUGGCUGAAAAUACCGAAGAAGAACUUCAGUAUUAUUAUAUAUCAAAGUUGAAGGAAAAUGGGAAAUCGGCUUUGGCAAAAAUUAUAGAGCAUCUUAGCAAUCACACUGAUUCAUUGGAAGAAGUAUCAAAGUUAAUAUUUAAAAAAGCGGAUAACCAAAAGCCCAUUUGUGAAGAUAAAUCUUUAGCGCUCAGCACAUCGCUUGAUCUAUCAAAAUGGAAAUAUCUGGUGCUAAGGAAGCUUCUUUUGGAUGAAGGCUCUACUUUGCUGCCAUCUUACCAGAAGCUUCUUGAGGCUAAAAAACGGUGUUACCCAUCUGAAGAACACGUGGAAGUGACAGAAACAGGUGCUCGCAUCAGGUUACAAGGACUAUUGGACCACACAAUCAAAAGGAUUUUGCAAGACAUGGGACCUAUCAGAGCUUCUUCGGAGCUAAAAUUGACAUGGAAGUGGGGCCUUGAUGGAUCAUCUUCUCAGAGCCAAUAUAAACAGAAAUCAUCGAAUCUCGAAUUUGAUGAUUCGGCUCUUGUGAUGACAAGCAUAGUGCCUCUGCGAUUGGUUGACUCUGCAGGGAUGACUAUCUGGGAAAACCCAAAUCCUUCGUCUACGUUUUAUUGCAGACCUGUGAAGUUCACGUUUAUUUCCGAAACUGCCUCAAUUAUAAAGACAGAGCACUUAGAAAUGGAGCGCGAAAUUUCAGAAUUGGUACCAACGCAGUGUGGUUCUGUGGACAUCGUUCAUGAACUGCAUAUGACGAUGAUAGAUGGGAAAGUGGCAAAUGUCAUCGCUGACGUCCCUUCGGCAGCAACGUGUCCCAUUUGUCUGGCAAAACCAAGCGAGAUGAACAAUUUGGGACUUUUAGCCAUGAAACCUAUUCGCGAUGAUUUGUACCGCUACGGAAUUUCGUCGCUACAUAUGAAAAUAAGAUGUAUGGAGUGUCUGCUUCAUAUAUCUUAUAAUAUGGAUUUUCAACGCUGGAGUGCACGAGGGGAGCACAAAGCAUUGAAAGAGGCGAAGAAAAAUGCCACGCAGCAAGAGUUUCGUGAAGAGACGGGACUCCUUAUAGAUAUUGUUAAACAGGGUUUUGGAACAACAAAUGACGGAAAUACUGCAAGGCGCUUCUUCCAAGACUACAAAAGAUCAUCCAGAAUAACCGGGAUUGAUGAAAAUUUAAUUCUACGGUUUGCUGUUAUUUUACAAGUAAUAGCUUCAGAAAAGAAGAUCAAUAUUGAGAAGUUCAGAAGCUAUUGCAAAGAAACGGCAGAAUUAUUUGUACAUUUGUAUCCAUGGUACUAUAUGCCAGCAAGUGUACAUAAACUGCUGCUGCAUGGAGCAGAAAUAUGCAGUUACUUUGGACUUCUACCAAUUGGAACCUUAUCAGAAGAAGCCUCGGAAGCUCGCAACAAAGAUUUCAGAAAUGUGAGAGAAAAACACACGAGGAAAAAAGGAAGAAUCGUUGCAAACGAGGACAUUCUCCACGGACUUUUAAUAAGUUCAGACCCGCACAUUUCCCGAAUAAGGCCGAAAUUUUCAAAGGAAACUCAUCAGUCAUUAUAUGAUGAUGCUGUUAAUUUGCUUCAUUUGGAGGACCCUGACUUUGAAGAAGAGGAAUGCUCUCAAGCAGAACCUGAAGACAUUUCUGAUCCACUGGAAUAAAAAAUCGAUGGCUAGAUAAAAUCCAGCUCCCAGUUACAAACAGUCCUUUUCAGGGCUACAAUACAUCUUUAUGUUUCAAACGACAUCAUGUACCUACUUUUCAAUAGUGCGUUGGAAGUUACAUCAUUAGGUGCGGUCACAAUACGUCCAAGCUACCUGAGCUAAUACAGCCAAUCGGAGCAAAGUAUAAUGAUGACUCAUUUGUUUGUUUAUCUUCAAAGGGUGCAUGCAUAAGUAUGCGUGUUUUUGUUGUUUUGACUAACCUUUUGAAAG